AUGCCAAGCACAAGCCAAAAUUAUGUCGCACUUCCUGCUAAACCUACAGCGAAUAUUCUGCUUUCUACCGCACUUAUCAAGAUUAAGGACCGUCACGGUAAUGCUCUGAUUGCUAGAGCUUUGUUGGAUUCCUGCUCGCAACAUUGCCUCAUGGCUCGAGAGUUUUCGAGAAAGCUGAAGUUCAAAGAAUCGCCAACGUUUUUGUCAGUCCAGGGUAUCGGUUCGUCUCAGUCAGUUUCGACAAAGAGCAUAAGUGCUGAAGUUGGUCCACGAUCGCCGAAAAUCUCUGAAUUCCAAGAAACUAUGGAGUUUUUCGUGUUGCCAAAACUUACCCUUCAACUACCUCCGACAUCGUUUGAUCCCUCGUUUAUGUCGCUUCCCGAUUCCGCUUUGCUAGCUGAUCCCUACUUCCACGAAUCAAAGCGAAUCGACAUCAUAAUCGGUGCCGAAUAUUAUUUGGACUUGUUGAAGGAUGAACGUAAGAAAAUGUCGAAAAACGAUCCCACGCUUCAGAAUACAGUUUUUGGUUGGAUUGUGUCAGGUCGAGUGGUAGAAGCUCCUUCAGAUGUGUCGCAUACCUUAGUCUGUUCUACAAGCGACUUACAAAAGCAGCUCACGAGAUUCUGGGAGCUAGAAACAUGUCGUGUCGCUAGCACUCAUUCCAUUGAGGAGUCGAUGUGCGAGAGGAUUUUUAAGCAAACCACAAUGAGAGAUGAAGCAGGACGUUUUGUUGUUACCCUACCGAAGAAAGAGUCAGUUUUGUGUCAGUUAGGCGAUUCGAUGCACUCAGCUACUAAACGUUUUCUAGCAUUGGAAAGGCGUCUGGAUGCUAAUCCAGAGUUGAAGAAGGAGUAUGCAGCUUUCAUCCACGAAUAUCUCGAUCUUGGUCAUAUGAAAGAGAUUUUAGAAAGCGCUGAACAAGAACGAAGUUAUUACAUGCCUCACCAUGCUGUCCUGAAGCCCGACAGUACCACUACUAAGUUAAGAGUCGUUUUCGACGCGUCUUGUCGAACAUCAACCGGAAUUUCGCUCAACGAUGCGUUAAUGGUCGGACCUGUGGUACAAGAUGAACUGGUGGACAUCAUUCUGCGAUUCCGGCUUCAUCGAUAUGCCGUCGUUGCAGAUGUAGCUAAAAUGUAUCGAAUGGUUAGAGUUCAAGAGUCAGAUCAACCUCUUCAGAGAAUCCUAUGGCGUGAUUCUAGUGAUGAUUUCAUACGUAUUUUCCAACUUACAACCGUGACGUAUGGUACAUCAUCAGCACCGUAUUUAGCGACAAGAUGUUUGCAAGAGUUGGCUAAUCAAGAAGCCGAAAAUUGUCCGAUUGCGUCAGAAGUGCUUAAGAAAUCAUUUUACGUUGAUGAUAUGCUCGCAGGAGUUGGGUCUGUUGAAGAAGGCAAGCUUCUUGUGAGAGAAAUGAUGAAGGUUAUGAAGUCAGCUGGAAUGUCAUUACGAAAGUAUGUGUCGAAUGAGUCAGAAAUCCUUGAAGAAGUGUCAGUUGAUCUUCGAGAAGAAAGAUCAGUGUUAGAACUUGAUUCCUCCCAAUCUACAGUUAAGACACUAGGCCUGAAGUGGCAGCCUAGCUCAGAUGAAUUUCAGUUCAGCACCAUUAAGUGGGAUGAAGCGUCAGUAAUAACCAAGAGAAAGGUUUUGUCAGAUGUUGCAAGAUUGUUUGAUCCCCUGGGUCUAGUCGGACCAGUCGUGGUCCAAGCCAAGAUAUUUGUUCAGCAGUUGUGGAAAUUACAGUGCGAUUGGGAUGAUAAGCUUACCGAUGAUCUCUCAGAGCAAUGGAGAGAGUUCCGCAGAAAUUUUGUCAGUCUAGAUAGUUUGUCAGUUCCUAGAUGGGUCGGUUUAUCUGUCAGUACUCAGUCAGUUGAAAUACAUGGUUUUUGCGAUGCGUCAGAGAAGGCGUAUGGAGCAUGUAUUUACAUAAGGUCAGUCGAUCAGAAUGGGUCAGUUUUAGUCCGUCUUUUAACGUCAAAAUCCCGAGUUGCUCCUCUUGAGAACUUGAAGCAGAAGAAAAAGAAGCAAUCUAUGCCCCGUUUGGAGCUUUCUUCCGCCCUUACACUUGCGCAUUUGUACGAGAAAGUUCAGAGUAGCAUCAAGUUGACGUCAGCGAAAUCGUAUUUUUGGACGGACUCCAUGAUAGUGAAGUGUUGGCUAGCAUCUCCACCUUCUCGAUGGAAGGAGUUCGUAGCUAAUCGUGUGUCUGAGAUCCAACACAUCACCGAUGGAGGAUACUGGAAUCACGUGGCUGGAAUUGAGAACCCUGCCGAUCUCAUUUCACGAGGAACGACGGCAGCACAACUGCAAUACCAAACGAUAUGGUUUCAAGGUCCAACCUGGCUUCAACUUGAUGAGCAACAUUGGCCAAAGAACGAGCAGAGCCAGGAGGAAAACGUAGACGUUACGAUGUUGGAAGAGAAACCAGCUACUACUGCAACAGCUCACACGAGCGAGCACAACGAGAUUUUUGGUUUAAAAUCCUCUUUCACCGAACUUGUUCGUCUUGUAGCUUGGAUGCAACGUUGUCGGUUCAAUUCGCAAAAACUGAACAGGGAAAGUCGCAAGAGUGGUCCUCUGAAGGUUACCGAGUUAGAUGAAUCGCUUAAGACACUCGUGCGCAUAGCUCAGCAAGAAGGUUUUGCCAAAGAAUAUGCCGACUUGUUGAACAAUCGUCCAAUUUCAAAUUCAUCUAAAAUAGCAUCCUUAAAUCCUGUAAUGGUAGAUGGUUUGAUUCGAGUGGGAGGUCGACUACGCAACGCUGCAAUCCACGAAUCUCGAAAGCAUCCGUAUAUUCUCGAUCAUCAACAUCCUUUCACGAUGACUGUGAUGAUAUACUACCACCAAAACCUGCUGCACGCUGGUCAACAGCUGUUGAUAGCAUCUGUUCGAGAACGAUUCUGGCCAACGAACAUUGGAACGCUUGCUCGAGCAGUAUUAUUCAAAUGUGUGGCAUGCUUUCGCGUUAAGCCGAAAAUUCAAGAGCAACUUAUGGCGGAUUUACCCCAGCACAGAGUCACACAAUGUCCAGUCUUCCAAAAGGUCGGAGUGGAUUACUGUGGACCUUUUCUCAUCACCUACCCUCAGCGCAAGGCUCGACCUAUUAAGGUAUUCGUCGCAAUAUACGUGUGCCUAGUAACUAAAGCGGUUCACUUAGAAAUAGCAUCAGAUCUUUCCACCCAAGCAUUCUUGGCUACGUUCCAACGAUUCUGUGGUCGUCGAAGCGCUCCAAGCUUAGUGAUGUGCGAUAACGCAAAGAAUUUUGUAGGCGCAAAAAGAGCACUUGACGAAGUACAUCAGCUAUUUAUCAGCAAAUCGUUCAAGAAUUCUGUAAUUAAUCAUGCUGCAGAUCAAGGAAUUGACUUUCAGUUCAUUCCUGCCCGUUCUCCGAACUUUGGUGGCCUGUGGGAAUCUGCUGUGAAGUCAUUCAAGACCUUGCUGAAAAGAACGGUCGGUUCACGUUCGCUGAAUCAUGAAGAAUUUCAAACGAUCAUCAUAAGAAUUGAAGCAGCUUUAAAUUCUCGCCCCCUAACAGCCUUAAGUAAUGACCCUGAUGAUUUUGAGCCACUUACUCCCGGUCAUUUCUUGGUGCAAAAACCAAUGGCCGCACCUCCCGAACAUGACUGGAACGAAGUCCCAGAAAACCGGUUAAAUGUGUGGCAAAGAAUGCAGCAGAUAUCACAAACAUUGUGGAAAAAAUGGUCGACUUUGUAUCUCUCAGAUCUCCACAAUCGUACCAAGUGGUCUAGGCAGAAAGAAAAUCUCAAAGUUGGGAUGAUGGUCGUCCUAAAGGAAGAUAACCUCCCACCGCUUAAAUGGCCAAUCGCUCGAAUUAAGGAAAUUCACCCUGGACCAGAUGGCAACGUUCGAGUCGUUUCUGUGCGUACACAGUUUGGUAUUUAUGAUCGAGCAAUAUCUAAAAUAUGUGUGCUACCUAUCAACGACAACUUUGAAGUAACCGAUGAUCCAGUUAUGGAUCCCAACAAGAACUAA